AUGAUGCGUGAACUGCUACGUAACUUGAUAGAAGACAAAACGGUAAUAAACUAUAAGAAAUGGUGGAUGGAAUGUAAAGAUGCCCAAGAAACCAAGUUAUUGGCUAUUCUUUGUUUUUACGAUAUUGAUGACUUACCGGAAGAGACUACAGCAGGUCUUGAUAAGUUCGUCCUGGAUAAGUUACGUGUUCUAUCGCUAUUAAGUCUCUGUGAAUUAUCUACUGAAGUGAAUUACCAAGAGAUUAAAGAGAAAUGCGAUUUAAAGACUGAUGGAGAGGUGGAAAAGCUGCUCAUACGUGCGGAGCUGUUUGUAGAUUUGAAAAUUGACAGUGUAGCAAGAAGGGCUACGGUACUGGAAUAUAAAAUCAGUAGGGACGUCUACAGUGGUGAAAAGGGAGUACCUUUCCAUACUCCUGUAAGGUCCAAAAUCAACAUUCUUUCUGCGUUGAUUAACUGGAGAAGCUCGCUUACUGACUAA